AUGUCAUCACCUCCUUUCAAAGUGAUCGUUGUUGGCGGCGGCCCCGUCGGUCUCACGGCGGCUCAUGCCCUCCACCAUGCCGGAAUCGACUUCGUGGUCCUCGAAGCACGCGACUCGGUCGUUCUGGACCAGGGGGGCCAGCUUGAUCCAAGUGAGUUAGCCCCUGGACAAGCAGGAUUCUCUACAUUGAACUUGAUUCUCUCAUUGCACGGAACCGCACCGGUCAUUUUCCACCGCGCACAGCUAGUCGAAGCUCUAUACGAUGGGUUGCCCUCGGAAGCUCAAUCACGAUACCUACUCAACAAGAAGAUCAAGUCCAUGGAGGUCUCAGAGGCCCAGGAUGGCGUUAAUGUCAUCUGUACCGACGGAAGCACAUACCAGGGAUCGAUUGUGGUGGGAGCGGAUGGAGUUCACAGCAAGACACGGACUCUUAUGCGUGAUAUGGCCAUGUCUCAGGAUUCUCAGCAGGUCUGGAAGGAUGCUGCUGACCCGUUCCCGGCCCAAUAUCGAUGCAUGUGGAGCAGCUUCCCACGGCCGGAGAGCGUCGAGGCGGGCCACGCCACGGAUGCGCAGUCUAAAGAUAUGUCUGUCAUGUUUCUUGCUGGAAAAGAACGCGGUUGGAUAUUUCUGUACGAGCGUUUUCCGAGGGUUAUAACGACGGCAGAUUCGACCAACGCGGAGCGGGUGCGCUAUACGGAGGAUGAUAUGGAAGUGUUUGCGACGCGGUUCUCUGAAUUCCCCGUGACAGACACGUUGAAGGUCAAGGAUGUAUACGCAACACGAUUGACGCAAGGAAUGGCGAAUCUGGAAGAGGGUAUUUUGACUCGCUGGAGCUGGAGACGAAUUGUCCUCAUGGGUGACGCGUGUCACAAAUUCACGCCAAACGCGGGUCGUGGAUUUAGUAAUGGAAUCCAAGAUGUAGUUGCUCUGUGCAACGGUCUAUAUGGCAUGUUGAAGUCGAGCCAGGGCAUCCUACCAGACGAGGUCACUUUGUCCAAUGUUUUCGACGAGUACCAAAAGACCAGGGCCGACCCAUUGCAAUCCGACUACAGUCAGUCCCGACACAUGUCACGCAUGCAUGCCUGGGAGAACAAACUGUACUACUUUCUUGCCCGAUACGUCAUGUGUCGCGCAUGGAUUAUCACUUUGAUGUUAAGACUGACCGGAAAUGGAGCUGGAGCGAUCCAAAAGGCAUUGGUUUUGAAUUAUAUCCUUGCAGAUGAACCAUUCCCAGCUCUCAUUCCUUGGGACCAUCCGUUAGUCGUCGAGGAAACAAAGGUAUACUAG